AUGGCCAGGUGGCUGUUGUUACUGUCAGAAUUCGACAUAACAUAUGUCAAUCAAAAGUCUAUAAAGGGGCGAGCAAUCUCAGACCACUUGGCGGCAUCUCCUGUGGAGAUUGAUUCACGACCAACAGAGGAUUCCUUCCCUGAUGAAUAUUUGAACUUCAUGGAAGAAGACCAAACUGAAGAAUGCCAAUUAUAUUUUGAUGGAGCUGCAAAUCAAAAAGGGUUCGGGGCAGGAGUGUUACUCGUGACCCUAGAGGACCUUUACUUACCCAUGGCAUUCUGUCUAGAAUUCAGUUGCACCAAUAACAUUGCGGAAUAUGAAGCUUGCGCCAUUGGUCUAGAAAUGGCAUUAUCUGUGGGAGUAGAAAAAAUCAAAGUCUUUGGAGACUCUUCAGUCGUGAUUUGUCAGAUCCAAGGGAAAUGGAAGACCAGGGACGAAAAGCUGAAGCCCUAUCAAGUAUAUUUGGAGCAGGUUGCUAAAUGCUUUAAAGAAAUCUCUUUCGAAUAUUUGCCCAGAGAUAGCAAUCGGUUUACGAACGCCUUGGCUACUUUAGCCUCUAUGGUAGAAUGUGAUCCUCAGCAUAGGAUUCAACCUUUUCUGGUAGAAAGAAGAACUAGCUCGGCAUAUGGAGAGCCAGUCAAUCUACUCACCGAGGAUGGAAGGCCCUGGUACGCGCCAAUAGUCGAUUCUAUCAGAGAAAGGAGGUACCCUAAACAUUUUAUAGAAGGGAAGAAAAGGCAUCUGCGGAAACAUGCCACUCAAUUCAUCCUCCAAGGAAGCUUGUUGUAUAAAAGGUCUUAUGAUGGCAUCCAACUGUUAUGUGUAGAUGAGGAGCAAGCUCAGACCAUUAUGAAAGAAAUUCACCAAGGGAUUUGCAGACCACAUAUGAAUGCAAAAAUGCUCACCAAGAAGAUCCUCAGGAUGGGGUAUUAUUGGGCAACAAUGGAAGCUGAUUGUGCUGCCUUCAUCAGAAAAUGA